GAUUUAUAACUUAAUUACUACAAAAACUUUAAUCAAGCAAAGCAAGUUUAAAGGGCCCUCUUUUAAAGAACAAGCACUACAGAAGAGAAGAAGAUCCCCCUCACUCCCUCUUCUUGCUUGUUACAAAGAAGCUUCAGUGAGUCUACCAUGGCAGGAACCAGAAAAACCAGAGAGAAGAAAGCUAAGAAGCAUUCAGAUCAGAAAGAAAUCUACGAAGAAGAGGGAAAUCCAACUCCCAGAAGAGCUCUGACAAGCUUCUUUACCUGCAGGUAUCACCAAGUAGCAACAGCAGGUGGAGAAGGGAACAAGAAGAAGUGCAAGAGAAUAGGAUGCUCUGGCACUCUCUGCAAGCUGAGAGAGAACUCUAAGAUAUUGCUGAGGCCUGUGGCUGCUUCCUCACCAGAGAGCUGCAAGAGGAGAGUUUCUGUGAGUGGGGGAGGAUCUACUAGAUCCAUGAAAGCUCCUUUGUGUGAAAUCAAUGGAGCUAUUUCUUCUUCUUCUUCCUCCACCAGUUUGGGUGCCACCCCCUCUUUCUCUUCAUUAGGUGGUUCUUUCAGAGGAAUGCAUCUGAGGAGGCUUUCAGGGUGCUAUGAGUGUCACAUGGCUGUGGAUCCAAUUCAUGGUGUGGUCAGAGAUUCUUCUCUUAGAACAACCAUGUUUUCUUGUUCGGAUUGUGGGGAGAUCUUCAUGAAAUCUGAGAAUUUGGAGCUACAUAGAACUACCAGGCAUGCAGUCUCAGAAUUGGGUUCUGACGACAACAGCAGAAACAUAGUAGAAAUCAUAUUCCAAUCCAGCUGGCUAAAGAAACAAGCUCCAACUUGCCAAAUUGACAGAAUUUUGAAAAUCCACAACUCAGAGAAGACCAUAGCCAGAUUCGAAGAAUAUCGAAACAACAUUAAGAACAAAGCAAGCAAACUUGCCAAGAAGUAUCCAAGGUGCAUUGCAGAUGGGAAUGAGCUCCUGAGAUUCCACUGCACCACCUUCACUUGCUCUCUUGGCCUCCAUGGCUCUACAAACCUCUGUGGCACAAUUCCAAAGUGCAGAAUUUGCAGCAUUAUAAGAGAUGGAAUAAAAACUGAUGCUUUAGGAAGGAUUAGAACAAUGGCGACCAGUGGGAGAGCUCAUAACUUGGCUCAGAGUUCGUCUGAAAAUGAGAAGAGGGGGAUGCUGGUCUGUAGGGUGAUUGCAGGGAGAAUUAAGAGGAACCAGGACAGUUCGGAGGAGUUUGAUUCAGUGCUGGGAAGUUCAGCACUUUAUUCAAGUUUAGAUGAAAUUUUUGUGUUCAAUCCUAAAGCAAUUCUUCCUUGUUUUGUUGUAAUCUAUAGAGCUUUGUAGUUUAGAAGUAAGGGAUGUUAUUUUCUUUUGUUGUUUGCUGUAACUUGCCAGUUUUCGUUCAGCAAAGCAAUUGUCUUCUUCACUGA